AUGAGGGUCUUCCUCUCCAUCACUGCUAUCGCAGCGGUGCUUGCGGUGGCCUUCCUUCUACUAGAGUUGCCAACCAGGGGAAGCCUUCGUGGAGCGGAACAGCACCGCGUAUUGACUCGUCACACACGCAAUCAUGCCCAAGCAGGCGUCAAGCGUGCCGCAGCGCUCAAGGAGAAGCGCGCAGAGAAGAAGAAAGAGGCGAGGAGGGUAGACAGGAAUGGAAAGACACAGCCAGCCUACCUAAAGAACGACAAGACAAAGGCCGUAAAGCUCGGCAGUAAGAUCAAGAAAAAGGUCCAGAAAAAAGCCGAUGAAAAGGAGAAGGAAGAUAAAGCGGGUGUUGCCAAGAAAGCGAACGUGGCUGAAAAGAAAGCAGGUGAUCUCGAGAAAGCGGAGAAAGUAAAGAACAAAGCGAGCGAGACGGCGGGUAAGAAAUUGAAGAAGGCUGGCAAGGAAGAGGACAACAAGUAA